AUGAAUCCCUAUGCCAUCAAUCCCUACGAUGGCACUUCGAUGGGAAGUAACAGCUCGAAUUAUCAAUCAUCAUCAUCAUCAUCAACAGCCAAUAACAACUUUACUCAACGUUAUCCAAUUACAACAAUGAGUAACUCCAAUGUAGAGCUCGAUGAUUUAUCGGAUAUGAUGAUUACCUCUUCUUCCAAUAAUUUGAACAAUAAUAACAACAUGAUAUCGACGAAUAGUCAAUCCUACAAUAACAAUAGUGCUCAAAAAGUCAUUGAUGAAGUCAUUAUGUUUGAUGAUAAGAAUGAGAAAUUUCAUGAGCAAGGAGUUUCGGAUCAUCGAUCCACCACCAGCAACAACGGUUUGAAAAGUAAAAUUAAAAACAAAUUGAAGAAGUCAAAGAAGAAUGGGAAAAUACGAUUUGAAGAUGAAGUGGAUGGUACGGAUGAUAAUGAUGGAAAUGACUCAUUAAGUGAGGAAGAAGAGGCCAAUAACAACAACAAUCAUCAUACGACUUCAAAAUAUAACAGAUCGGGAAUCUCCAACUCCACAACUGCCAGAACAUCACCUGCAAUUCAUUAUUCUCAAAAACAUCAUCCAUCUCCAUUGGUGAUCGACGAUUCCGAGCAACAACCUACACCUGCCAAGGCUUUGCCAACUCAAAAACAAGAUCAAUACGGAAAAGGAUUUACUGAAGUAAUACUUCCACCUCUUUCGCCUCAGCCCCCACAAAAUACCUCCAAUAAGAAUUACACUAAUAGUGAUCCAGCAACGCAAGUGAAGGAAGAAAAUCCUAUUCCAAAGAAUCCAUCUUUUGCUGCAUCUUCAACCAAUGAACCUGUUGAAGACCCUAAUUCAAUUUCUGCCAAACUGAUGAAAGGAGAUACUCCUCAUUGGCUCUUUCUUCUUACAUUUGUAAUUCCGACAAUUGUCAUUUGUUCAAUUCUCGGAGGUGUUCAGUUAGGAUUGUGUGGAUAUUUUUUCGAGGUCAUUGAUAAUGAUCCAACGUUUAAGAGUGACCCCAAUGCUCUAACAUGGGAACAUAAUUGCACACUCCUCGAUACUAGUUAUAAUUGUGCGGAAAGAGGAAAGUAUCUGGAUAGAGGACUUCAUUGCUAUUUUAGAGUACAAUUUUUAUCGUUGAAAAAUUCAACUUUAGGAUUGUCCCAAUAUAUUAAUUUAACAAGCAAUUUACCUUAUAAUAUGGCUGAAACAGGUCUGUAUUAUCCAAUGAAAGAAGGUGACGUUGUAAAAUGUUACACAAACAAACAAGAAGAUCAAGUCAACAUUUUGGAGGCCAUCUCUCCACUCUUUGAAACUUAUUACAUGGUUGGAGGAAUAUUGGGAGUUUUUGGAGCAAUUUCUCUCGUGGCAGCCGUCUGUGUUAUACCCACCGCUUUUGUGAGGCCCAAAAACAGAAUUUACUGA